AUGUAUGCACACCUCGCCUUCCUCUUGCUCGGUGUUCUGUUGCUGUCUCUCCCCCUCUUCCUCUUUUCUCGUUUUCCCCUCCCCGUCUUCAUCAGAGGAGCUGCAAAGCGACGAAAGGCACAACGGAGAGACGCGUGGCUAGGGGGCGCUGUCGCGAAGCGAGGGGAUCUGCCAUCUGCUUCUUCGUGUUUUCCUCGGGCGUCGUCCUCACCUCUCUCUGUCUCUCCUCUUUCCUUUUGCCUCUCGCACCUCCUUUCUCUCCUCCUGCCCUUUCUGGAGAUCUCUUUUCUCGCUCCCGCGCUUCGCGCAACGGUCCUCUACUGGCUGUCUGUCUUCCCCGCAUUCUCGUCUCUUCGGUUCUUCCCUGCGCCUUCCACUCUCCGGUCUCUCCUUCCUUGUUCUUUCGGCUCCUCCCUGCUCCGCUUCCUGAUGGGGAAGAAGAAGAACGGGCGAGGGCGAGGGACGGCCCGGAGGCCGGGGAAAGAGCGGCGGGGCGACUCCGACGGCGAGCAGCCGGAGAAGAGUGACCGGCGCGAGAAAAAGGAAAAGGCGUCUCGUGACACGGCAGGGUGUUCGUCCUUCUCGUCGCAGUUGCAGGCUUACGGCCUCGAACUGGAGUUGAUUGUUCCUGACGGGAACUGUCUCUUUCGGGCCUUCGCCGACCAGCACUGCGGCAAGCAGGAGCGGCACGGUGAGUACCGCGAGAAGGCUGUGGACUACAUUGAGGCGCAUGCGGAGGACUUCCAGUGCUUCCUCUCUGAAGAAGAAGAAAGCUUCAAGAAGUACGUCAACCGCAUGCGCCGCCUCGGCACCUGGGGCAGCCAAGUGGAGCUGCAAGCCCUCAGCCAGGUGUACGAAGUGAGUCUCUUCGUCCACGUAGCCAACGGGGUGGAGCCCGUGGGGCGCUGGCACGGCGGCGCGGGGGCCCCGCAAGGAGACACCUGUGGGAAGAAGAAAGGCCGAGGUGUGGGGAAGAAAGGCGGAGCGAAGCCGAACCAGCGACGCGGUCGCGGAGACGACGAAGGAGACGGAGAAGACUGGAACAUCUGCAAGAUGGAGAACUUCUCGGAAUCGCAUCCGUGCCUGCAGCUUGCCUUCCACGUCAACCAUGAACACUACAACUCGAUUCGGGUCCGAGGCCAAACCCCAGGGAAGAUGCUCACUCUCGCGCAAGUCCGCCGCGUCCUGAACAUGAAGGCUGAGUCGGACCGGGAGUCGGGAGAGACUGGAGAAGAGACGGCGGACGAGGCGGCACCAGAGCCAGUCGAGGAGGAGGAAGAGGAGGAGGAAGAGGAGGAAGAAGCAGCGACAGAGAAGCGCGAGUGCGUCGAACGGGGGACAGAAGAAGACCUCGAGGAGGCAGACAAGAGCGUGGAGGGCGAGAGGGGAGAGUCUGCGACAAGGAGAGUCGAGAGCGACACACAAGUGCGAGGACCAGCGGAGUCCGUGAGAGCCGGGCAAAGGGAGCAGGAAGGGGAGAAAGACGAGGGUGUAUUCCCCGGCGUCCAGCCCGCGACUGAGGCGUCUGGCAACUGCGUCAGGAAUCUGUUGGAGAGCAAAGGCGAGGAGCACGAGGAAUCCAGGGAACAGGUGGAAGACGCCGCGACCCAGAGUGGGGACGGUUCAGCGAAAAGCCGAGAGGAAACAGUCGAACUUACUCUGGUGGAAGCGGGCAAGUCGGAAGAAACAGAAGGAACAGCGAGCGAGGAAGAAAAGUGCGGCGACGCAAGAAAACAAGAGACAUCUGCUGCCGAGGAGACCGCAGAGCAGAUCCCGGAGGGGGAUGUCAAAAGGCAUGGAGCGAGGGGAAAGAGAAGGAUUCAACAGAGAGAAAGAGGGGAGCAGUCGACGACGGAGGACAGGAAAACAGCGGACAGAGCAUCGAAGAACGACGCCCUCAGGGAAAAAGGCGAGGCCUCUUCCUUUGCGCCAGACAAACAUGCACAAGAGGACGCAAGGUCCCAGCACACACGUUCUUCUUCCUCAGCUUCAAAUGGGUCUUCCUCAUCUGUCUCGGUUUCUUCUUCAUCUGCUCUUAGCUCCACUUCAUCUUGCUGCCUUUCUCUGCCACAGUCUUCCUCUCCCUCCUCUUCGUCCUCUCGCUCCUCUUUUUCCUCUUCGUCUGUCGCUUGUUGCUCUUUUUCGCCAGCUUCUGUUCCUGUUUCUUGUUCGUCGGUUGCUGCUUCUGCCAGUGUGCGCCCUUUGGCUCGGAGUGUCUCUGCGUCUCCCAGGUGGGCGACUGUACCGCGCCGGUCUCGUAGCACGGGGGCGUUAGUUCGCAGCAGCGGCGAAGUAGAGAGAGAAGCGAGUUUCUGUUUUGCUUCUCGCCAGUGUUGUCUGGUCCCUUCCUCAGGGAAUGCAUCCGUCUCAGAUUCUCCAGCGUCGUCGGAUGAGGCUUUCUCAGCUCCUGCGCAUGCAGAGGCCUUCUCUCUUCAUGGUGGGCUUCCUGCAUCGGGGUCGCCGUCGCGAGAGAACUCAAGUUCGGAGGACGGCGCCUCUCGCUUCUUGCACUCGCAUCGCCUCUCGGAGUGCAGAGGAGACCACCGAAGGCCGUGUGCAGGCUUCCAUGCAGACCUUCGAGAAGGAGAAAAGGACGGCUUCCAAAACAGGCGCGUGAAGCGACGCAACUCUCUGCGAGUCUGCUCAACCUCUUCCUGGUCGCCGUCGCGAUCACUUCUUUCUGGACGUUCUUCUCGGAUAUGCGCGACUUGCGGGUACCGCAUGCAGCCCCUCCCCUCUUCUUUGAAGCAGAGUGCGCGUCCUUCUCCUCUGUCUGAGUCGCCUUCUCUGCCUUCUUCUGUGCUGUCGGGUGCCUCGUGUUCCGCCGCUGCAGUGGCCUCCUCGCCCUCUGCUUUAGUUCCUUCUUCUCGCUGCUCGUCUGAGGUCCUUCCGAACGGAGAUGAGGAGACAGGAGAGGAGAAGGAUGAGCGCGAAGCGCGUCCGUCGCCGCUGGUGUGCGUGUGAGUUACGUAGGAGGUUUGCGAAUAAUGUUUUUUCAGUACAUUCUGAAAUGGGAUCACUCGGUCUACAUAGGCUGCCUUUUUCUGGGGAGCAUGUACUGCGGAUUGGCUGAGUGGACUCGAUCUUGAAGGCCUCUGUUGAGUUUGGCCGGUUGCUGCAUUCGUUGUGUGAGAUGUGAAGCUGGGAGACAGCCGUGACAAGAUCAUUCCUUUUCUCCCUCUCAAAUCGCAGGGUGCCUCGCGCCUGUGGCUUGCGAACAAGAGACGAAACGAGCCAAUGGAGCGGUCUGAGAAAAACAGGCCGACGACGAGAGUGGUGGAGACGCAGACGAGACUCGAACAAGAAGCGCGGUCGCCUUGCGAGAGCAGAGAGGGACAGGAAGCAGCGAGGUUUCGCUCAAUCGUCUUUUCUCAUUUUCUCUCGACGUUCCGAAGUGAGAUUGGAACGCAGAGACACUCGGGAGGGCGCUUGACCGUCGCUUUCUGUUUGUCCUCUGUACAGAAGCACGUUGUCAGCGGGUGUUCUGCGGUGCGGGGAAAGAUUUCCGCAGGUCGAGAGGUA